UAUAGGCGAUUUGAGACGACACAACUCUCUCCUGUGAAUCUUCACUUUCGCCUACCUACUGAGUACCCAGCCAAGGAAGCAAAGAUCGAUGUGGACUGCCUCUGGUUACCCACAUCUAUGAAGAAUACGAUAUUGAAGCGGCUCGACAUUAUCAUUCGGGAAAAUGUCGGAUUUCCCGUGCUCUUUCUCUGUUAUGAAGAUGUUAAGAAAUUUGUGGAUGAAAGUGAUAUAACAGAAUUAUUUCUCGGAGGAAAUGUAUACGCCAAGAGUAGGAAUAUGUCGCCCGUAAAACUGUUGGAAACUGUUAGGGACGAAUGUGAAAAAGCCGAGAAACUAGAGUUUGAAGCACAUUGUUAUGACUGUGAUGUGUGCCUGGAAAACAAGAUCGGUCGUGAAUGUGUUCGUUUCUCCCCUUGUGGUCAUACUUUCUGCAAGGACUGCGUUACCUCGUACCUCAGCGAAAAGCUUACUGCCCAAGAAAUCUCACCUUUGACCUGCCCCGGCGAUAACUGCAAUUCAAGCAUUCCUCAAAAGCUUAUUGUUGAACUUCAAGGCCAAAAAGCUUUUGAUCGUUACGAGCGUCUCCUUCUCUCGCGAGCUCUGGACACGAUGGAAGAUUUGGCUACUUGCCCUAGGAUUGCAUGCCAAAAACCAGCUGCAUUGAGCCAGGCGUGA